AUGAGGAUUCGCAACUGGGUUUUACACGCUGCCAUCAUUGGCCAAGCUACUUGUUUACAAGGCUCCAACUUCAACAUUACGCCUGAAUUCGCGGUGCAAAAUGGCUGCGACGAGAAAUGCCAAGCAACGUUGGCUAAAGUCAAUGCGAUAGAUCUUGGAAUCUUCGGCCAGAACUUUGACUUUGACUGGUUCGCAACGGCAAGCAACUUUUCUGGAUCCAAGCCCGGAGACGUGCUCAAGAUGCAGGCCAUGGACCCCAAGAUGCUGGGCGAACAGGUCAAACAAGGCACCACGGUAUACCGCAUACAGUACGCUUCUGUGGAUCUCGACAAUAGUACCGUGCCUGCCACGGGUUUCAUUGCACUGCCAUUUGCGCCGGCAUCACUCAAGUCCAAGGCGUCAAACUCAUCCUCGUCCCAUCAGUUUCCCCUUGUCGCCUAUGCUCACGGCACGAGCGGCGUCUACCGAGGGUGCGCUCCAUCCAACGGCCCGGCGCUAUACGACUACGAUAGCUGGCAGCUGCUUCUUCAGAGAGGGUACGCCGUCGUGGCCACGGAUUACGCCGGUCUGGGGAAUAACCAGACCGAGCACAAGUACUGCAGUUUCCCCGUGCAGGUCAACGAUAUUGUCUACUCCGUAGUGGCAGCAAGGAAAGCCAUGGGCAACAUCUUCACCCAGGAGUGGAUGGCGGUUGGCCACUCCGAGGGUGGUGGCGCGGUGUGGAAAUUGGCUGAAAGUCGUUUUGCCAAGGACGACUCCAAGUACCUCGGGACUGUGUCUCUGGCCCCGGCCCUCAAGAUUGCAGACAUGCUUCGAAACCAUACCGACUUCAUCCUCAAAUCCGGCUACCUGACACUCGUGGCCAAGGCGCUUCAGCGCUUCUCCCCCUCGUACAACUUCACCAUGCUGGGCCAAGUUCAGCGGCAGCGGAUGGCUAUUGCCGAUGCCUCGCAGCCCUGUUUGAUCGCACAGGGGGCCAUCAGCGUAGGCUUGACGCGGGAGCAGGUCCUUGAUGAGAAGGGCUUCGAGACGGAUUUGCAGUUGCUGCAGAGUUGGCAGGACAAGAUGGCGCCGGCGUCGGGAGGACGCACCUCGGCUCCUCUCCUGCUGGUGCAGGGACUCAACGACACCGCCGUCGUUGCGCAGGUGGCCCAUGAGUCAUGGCAGCAGGCCUGCCAGGACCAAAGCGAGGUUCAUUUGAGAGAGUACACAGAGCUGGAUCACUCGGGCGUGAUUGUUGCUGCAGCAUCAGAGUGGUUGGCUUGGGUGGAUGCCCGGUUCAACGGCGAGGCGACAUCUGGAAAUUGCACGCGCCUGCAGAGGGUGCCGUUUGAUGCAGCUCAUGUAAUUGCUCCUCCCGAAAAGCCUGAGGACGCCGAUGCGUAA